AUGGCCGCAUUUGCCGUGCUAGAACAAGCUGAAGAAGACAAGCUCCAUGCUUCACGUCUUUUGGGUAUCGAAGAGCGGCCCUUCAAACGGAUCACUAAACGUCUACUCGGGCCUUCCAACCCUAUCAAUUCCUUCUUCGCUCGUUCCUCGGAUGCUACGGGCGAUGAAGCCGAGAAUACCGACCCAGAACUCAAGCACCAGCAGUUUGUCCAGAAUAUCCAACGCUUUCGCGAGGAAGUAAUCCUUGAUUUCGCCGCUUUUGAAAGCAGCAUUGCUCGCAUCCAAUAUCUUCGGGCCGCCAAUGAGCGUGAACGAGAGCGCUAUGCGGCGGAAAAAUUGAAAAUCGAAGCCACUGCUGAUGAAGUGCGGAACAACACUGCCAAUCUCAGAGUCCAACUAGAUGAGGCGCAGAAGACGCUGGCUAUCAGAAAAACAUAUGAUGUCCUUGCCGACAGGAUCACCAAGAACGCCUCCUUGAAAACCCGUGACGAACAGCAUGUCAAUAUCGAGAAGCUUAAGGCAGAGAUCGAAGAACUUGAACGCGAAUCUCAAGAACAUAAUCAGGCCUGGCAGGAGAGGAGAGAGCAGUUCAAUCGAGUGGUGAAUGAAAGCCAGCGGUUGAGGAGAGUAAUCAGAGAUGAGAAGGAGCCAGAAAAGGAUGAAGAAGCUACUGAACAGGAUGAUGAGAAUCUACUGGGUACGGACCGAGAACGAGAUGGUCUAUCCAAUGCAGGGACCCCACGAAUGAUGGAUGAUGCGCCUACACCUCUUCUGGGCCAUCAUGGCGGUGUGACACCGAGGUCUAAUCUCGGAAGUACAACGCCGAGGCGAGGCGAUGACAUGGAGAUGAACGGCCUCGGCAGCUCUGACGCUCCUCCGAAGGUCGUCGUGGACAAACCAGCUGACGAGAUGGACAUGACAUAA